UCUACUAUUCAGCAUUAAAAACUGGCAGUGAUCUACCACACCCUCCCAUUGUCAUUAAGGGAGAGGGGUAAGGUGUUGGUGGCCAGGAAAAACCCCUUUCUUUCAUUUGCACAGAUUCACGGUCGAUUCCGUCACUGCCUUCUAUGUAUUGCCCAAAUGCAGGCGACACCUGAUUAAGCCACAAGUCGCUCUGUAUGGAGGAGGAAGGAAAGGCGCUCGCCUUUUAUGCCGCCUCAUCCCGAAGGCAGAACAUCGGCACCCGGCACCCCAAUUUCCUUUGCUCUUGAGGGGGAAUGCUGCACCUCUCCCCGCCACACGAGUGCGGCCCUGCAGCAUCCAGCGAGGGCCGCCCAGCCGAGGGCGGCCUCCUUAUCAGAAUGAAGUGAGAGAGGCACGUGCUCCAGAGCUCAUGGGAACCGCAAGCGACGGCAAAGUCUGGCCUGGGAGGGCGGAGUGCUGACUGACUCCAGCUACAAAAGCAGAGGCUGUUGAACAUUGAUAUUAUUGUUGUAUCUUUGGUCUUAGAUCUUAUGAUUUAUGUGGAAAUUGUUUCCCUUUGGCUGUGUACUUUUUGAUACAUUUUAUUUAUUGUUUAGGACUUUUCUUAGGUUUGUAAUUUUGUAAAUCUUGUCAUGUUGUAAGCCGCCUUGAGCAUGGAAAGGUGGCAUACAAAUAAAAUGAUGAUGAUGAUGGUAAUGAUGAUGGUGAUGAAGUCUCUCCCUCCUACAGCUGCCUCGCAAACCCCAUUCAGCCCACCGGCUCAUGGGACCACAGAAGCAAAGGUGCAGCUCGUUCCCUCCCACAGCCGAGCCCUGGCUGCGAGGAAGGAGCAAAGGCUGGCCACAUCGCGAUCCAUGGAAAUCCAUUUAAGGAUCGAUCUGUUGAUCCCGAUCGACACCUUGGACAUGUCUGCCCUAAUGUAUCUCCAUCGGCAUGUCUGAUGUGGUCCUGAAUUGCACUGGACUUGAGGGUGGUCAAGAUCAAUCUCAUUCUGGCCUGCAAAGAAAGCUUAGGCAGCAACUUUGCAGCAAAUAUAAAGCAAAACAAGAACAAUACUCAGUUGCCCUAACAGGGAUGAUGGGAAUUGUAGUCCCAAAACAGCUGGAGGGCCAAGUUUGGCCAUGCCUGCAAAGAGCCAUUAAUAAUUUUGGGGGGUUUUUUUGUUUGUUUGUUUUUUAAAAAGAUUUAAUCUCCCCAUCAGAUGGGGAGAAACAAUACUUGUGAUGGGGGAAAAUACUUUGCUUUUAUAUGCUACAUGCAUAUAAAAUACAAAUAUUAGAAUGCUGUAUGUGAGAGAAGGGGGAGGGAAGUCUCUUCUCAGGUGGUUCUUACUACCUGAUAUUCGUAUAUAUUUUUAAGUUGCCAUUUAAAACAAAACCUGCUGCUUUGUUAAUUGGGGCUGUAUGCAGUUCUACUCCAUCAAAUGUUUCUGUGUUUAAAUGGGUUUAAUCCAAGCAAUCGAUCAGCUGCUAAACAUUGCAGCAUUGCAAUUAAAUACAGAAUCUUUCAGGUGCUGGGGUGCCAUCCAUCUGUGGUGGCUGUUCCACACAAGCAGUUCACCAAUUAGCAUCAUGCAAACUUCCCCCCCUGAAGGGUAUCUGUUCCCCCAUCUCUUCCCAUCCCCCCCUAAUAACUUCCUGUUUCUUGCAGCCUCUAGUGGUGCCACAGACUUUCAGUUAGACAAGAACCCGUUUAAGAUCCCUUCAGAUAUUGAUAUCUUCUUGCUGCGAGACAGGCAGAAGGAAAAGGCAAAAGCGGAGCGAGAGCGAAGGAAGACUUUGAAGGUUCACGAGAAGAUGACCUGCUCCACGCUGCAAAGCGCCAAACAAUCUGGGUUCAAGAAAGAAAUCCAAAUGGAAGAGGAAAUGGAAGACCGAGAGUUGGCUGCGGAAGCAGAGCGCCUCAAAGCUCUCCGAGAAAGCAUCUCUUGGAAGAUAGCAGUCACUAAAGACCAGGUCGUCGAAAGAGAGAACAUGCACGACUACAUCAAUCAGAAACGGCAGAUGUUCUUGCUGCAGUAUGCUGUAACGGUAAAGAAAGAUGAGAUCCAGAAGCUGGAAAACUUGGCCAUUGAAGAAGAAGCAAAGCUGGAAAGAGCCGAGGAAGACCUUGAGAAGGAUGCCGCCAUGUUUGAUGAGUUCCUGAAGGAGAAUGAUAGGAAUUCUGCACAAGCCUUGAAAAUCGCCGAAAAGGAAACCAAAGCCAAGCUGGAAAAGAUCCUUGAGAUCCGAGAACUGACUGCACAAAUGAUGAACAUCCAAAGCGAGAUUGCCAGGUUUGAAGACACUAUGCAAGAGUACGUGGUCUUCAGGGACUUCCUCUUCCAGCUGUCCCCCAAAGAGUGGCGGGAGGAUUAUGAAAGAAAGCGAAUGAAGGAUAAAGAAAAAGUGGUGAAAAUUGUGCCUGACAAAGAUCUCACAGUUUCCAAAAGCCGGGAUUGGCAGCAAAGGAGAAAAAGCCGAACACUGCCAAAGCAUUCCAGUUUUGACCUGUCUGGAACAGAUUUGAGCUCCUCCAGGACUCAAAGCCAAGUUUUUUCUAGAAGGCUCAGCCAGGUGUGUUCAAGGCAGAACCUCAGAUCCCAGCUUGGCAAAAGAUCGAGCAUUGCAGGAGACAGGGAUACUCCAGACAGGGAUACUCCGUCUGAAGAUGAGGACGACGACGAGGAGCCGGUGUUGUACUUCACAGAUCCACACCAACUGCUGAAUCUGUUCACUGAGUUGGAAGAACAGAACUUGUCCCUAAUUCAGAAUUCUCAGGAGACAGAGGAAACCCUCGAUGAACUUCGGCAUACCUUGGCUACUACGCGGAAUAAAAUGGACCGUGAAAUAGAGCAACUGAAGCUGCUUACAGUCACUCUUCAAGCCAACAUUGUCAAAGAGGAGGAGACUGCAGCAGACCUCGAACUCAAAUCCCGAGUCUUUUCCUUUGGAGAAUACAAAGCUGACGUUCAGGACAGAAUGCUGGUGAGCUUGCAUCGAAAGGUGCUGGAAGUCUACCGGCGCUGCAUUGGGGAAAACGAGGCAAACCUGGGAACCCUGCAGAUGCUAACGGUGAUCGAGCACCAGCUGGACGACUUACUUGAGUGCCUGGAGAGGGUACCUCCAGCCAAGAUAGAAGCAGCCGAGAAGGCCAAGGAGAAGGAGCGAAGGAUGAGGAUGAGAGAAGAAAAGAUAAGGCAGCAGAGGCAAUUGCAGGAAGAGAGGCUGCAGCGUGCACUGGCAAGAGCACAAGCAGAUGUUAAGAGAAAGUCUGGCAGAAGGUUGGUAUUCCGGUCUGAGCCUCCUGCCUACAAAGAGAAGGAAGAUGAGGACCAAGGACUUAUAGACAAGGAAAAGGAAGAGCUACUCUACUACUUUACUUAACAGCCCCGAAACCGUAAGAAAUGGUGGAGAAAUUUUUUGGUAGUUAGUACACUUUAUCAAUAAUUUGUUCACUACUUUAAUCCCAUUUCCUCAUUCUGGUUACAUGUACAGCCCCCAGUAAUCCAGGACAGAUUACAAGUCAGCUUGUACACUGCUUUUAGUUGGACAAUUCAGUUUUGCCUUUUUGUAAAUAAAGCUGCUUUUAAAAAAUCUAA